AUCUCUUGUUUAAUUUCUGCUACACAUAGCUAUGAUUUUUUUUUAAUUUUUAAAGAUGGUUUUGUUUACAUAAAUAAUUUAUAUCACUUCGUAAUUUCCCAUGCAUCAAUGAACUAAAUAAUAAUAGUGAUAAAAAAUCUAAAAUGGCUUCUAAUGAAAUAGGUGAUGGUCCAAACUGCAUUCAGUCAGCGCCUCCAAUGCCAUGGUUUGGAAUGGAUAUUGGAGGAACUCUAGUAAAGUUAGUUUAUUUUGAACCAACUGAUAGUACAUCUGCUGAAUUAGAAGCAGAACGAGGAGCAGUAAAAAAAAUCCAUCAUUAUUUGACUUCAAAUUCUGCUUAUGGCACUACUGGUAAAAGAGACGUACAUCUUCAGAUGGAUAAUGUUGUAAUUGGUGGUCGCACAGGAACAUUGCAUUUCAUUCGUUUUCCAACCAGUGCUAUGCGUGUAUUCUUACAGUUAGCAAAGUCAAAGGGUAUGGCGUACUUGUCUAGUACAGUCUGUGCUACUGGUGGCGGGGCUUUUAAGUUUGAAAAAGACUUUCAUAACGAAAUGAAUAUGGAACUGCACAAAUUUGAUGAACUGGACUCAUUAAUUAGGGGAAUUCAUUAUAUCAAAGCCUAUAACAAACCAGAAUGUUAUUAUUGGUCUAAUCCAACUGAUGAUGAAAAGUGCAAGAAGGAAUAUUUUGAUUUGAAUAAUUUGUAUCCAUUUUUAGUUGUAAAUAUUGGCUCUGGAGUGAGCAUGUUAGCUGUUCAUUCACCUGAAAAUUUCAAAAGGGUUACUGGUACUAGCUUAGGUGGUGGUACUUUUUUAGGACUUUGUUGUCUACUUACUGGAUGUGAAACUUUUGAAGAAGCUAUUUCUUUAGCAGAAAAAGGUGAUAGCACAAAAGUAGAUAAACUUGUGCGGGAUAUUUAUGGAGGUAGCUAUUCAAAAUUUAAUCUGCAGGGUGACAUUGUAGCUAGUAGUUUUGGGAACAUGAUAAGUAAAUCUAAGAGAGCUACUGUUAAGAAAGAAGACUUAGCUCGUGCAACUCUUGUUACCAUUACUAACAAUAUUGGCUCCAUUGCUCGAAUGUGUGCAGUGAGUGAAGGUAUAAACAAAGUUGUUUUCAUUGGAAAUUUUUUACGGGUCAAUAUCCUUUCAAUGAAAUUAUUAGCAUAUGCAAUGGAUUUUUGGUCUGCUGGUUCUUUGAAGGCUUUGUUUUUGGAGCAUGAGGGAUAUUUUGGUGCAGUUGGAUGCUUGAUGGAGCUAAUGAAGACUGGAAAUUAAGGCCUCUAUUCAUUUUCUAUUGCACAUUAACUUCCAUAUUGGUGGGCAGCAUGCAUCUUGAAAACAAGUUAUUUUACAAAUGGUAUCCGGUGCAGUUCAUCUCCAUCUGUAUUUCAGAGUUCAUUCCUGUUACGAUUUAUUGUGAUCAUUUUACUCAUAGUAAAUUUUAAAAUUUGCUUAACCUUUGAAUAUAAAAAUCAUUCCUUUUGCUAUAGUUGGGGAUAAGAUUAUGUUGUGAUUUUCAUAAUAAAUAUAAUCUGAUGAUUAAUUUAAUGAAAAGUGUCAUAUCUGUGAUAUUUUGUUCAUGGUAUCAACCAUAAAUAUUUGCAUGGUAAAUUUUGAUACUUUUGAAAAUAUUCUGUUAAUUACUAUUCAUAUUUAUAUAAUAAAAUGUGCUCAAUGCAAUGUAAAUUUUAUUCCAAUAAAAAAAACUGUUGGAAAAUUAGAAUGUAUCCUUUUCAAUGAAUUUAAUUUCUGAUGCUUUGAUUUUUGGAAGAAUUUCAUUUUUUAAUACUCUGAAAUGCCAACGAGGUUAAGUCUCUCUUUUUAUUGUGAUAGACUUAGCUCAAAAAUGUUUGUGUGAUAGAAUUUCCCUUCAGAAGUUACUUAGUAUUGUAUCCUACUACACUAAAGUGUGGAUUUUUAUUAUUAUUAUAACCGAAAUUUUGUUGAUGUUUUAGGGAAUUAUUUUGUAUUAUAGUUAUUUAUUAUUAUAAAAAUAAUGAAUGUGCUAUAUUUUAUUUAUCUGUUUUAAGAAAUGAAUUUUACUUAUGUUCAAUUUUACUCAAUAUAUAUAAUGAAUUAAAUGAUCUCUGUGAAUCUGAAAAUGUUGACAAUGUUUGAAAAAUUAUGUAUCAUAGUUAUUUAUUAAGUUGCCAAGUUACUUAAUUGCCUUUGACUCUAUAUAAGCUUUUGUUGUUUUUAAUUUCCAAAUGAAUUUUCUUUAUUUUAUUAUGUAUAUCAAAAAUGUAUUUUAUUUUCUUAAUUUUCUUUAUUUAGUAUGUAUAAUGAUAUAAAUUUAUUGUAGCUGUAGAAAAUUUGUGAAGGUACGAAUGCUUGAAACUCCUGUAGCUGCUCACUGUAGUAUAAGUAAACUAUGUAUUUUUUACAGAAUUUUAAAUAAUGUAUAGUUUUCUAUAAUAUAUUUUGUAAGUACCGAUACUUUUGUAUAUUCGUGCGUACUUUUUCUUUAUAUUUAUACUGUUAAAGAAUUUUUUAUUUAUUUGCUUGUUUAGAAUUCUCAAAUAAAACUUAUUUCAUAAAAUGUAUGCUAACAGAAUUUUAUCUUAUUUUGUAGAAUUGACAAGAACUUUAUUUUUUUAUUUUAAAAGGUAUAUCUGUAGUACUCAGUUGUUUCUUGUGAUAAUAACAAAACAUUCUAUUGUCAAGUGGUCCUCUGUAUAACAAAUAUUGUGUAUCAAAUUAAAAAGUUAAAUAGCUUUAAGGUAUUUAAUUUUACAAAAUGAUUUUUAUGUAAGGCUUUCAUUCUGCCAGUUACUGUUCUAUAUAAAGAGGGUGUUCCAAACUUUUAAAAUAUUUGUAUGUUACAAAGCAUUUUUUAUAUGAUGCUCUCAUGCCAAUCAGUAAUGAUUUCAGUGAAUGAAAAAAAAAACAUUCUUUUAUUGCUCCCCGGCUGUUUUUAUUUGAAUUAAAGAAGCACGUGAAAGCAUUUAUUGCUUUAUUGGAACCAUUGAUUUUUUUUAUCCAUAAUAUUUACUGAUGGAAGAAAUUUAAAAUUUUAAAUAACAAUAGCUACACACUAUAAUUCCAAAAUAUAAACAUAAUAUAGAUUCCAAUUUUGCAUUUUAUUCAUAGUUAAAAUAUCUUUAAAUCAAUCAUUAUUUCAUUUUAAAGAAUAAUGAGAACAUUUCUUCAGCUGAUGUUAUUCCCUCAUAGGAGCAAAUAUUGUUGUUUUUUUUUCCCCUUAAGUAAGAAUUAAUAUUUUUAAAAGAUAAGAAGUUCUCAAUGGAAUAUGUGCUUGUCACUAGUCUGAUGCUCUCUGAGUAAUCAAAACCAUGUGAGGAAAUGCUACCCGGGUAAAAUUUAUAACCUCUAUGAAGAAUAAUUUUGACUACUCACUGUGUUUAAAUCUUUAUAGAUACAGACACAUGUGUAUGUUUAGUUUUUCUUUCAAAUAAUUUUGAUGGUGGAAAAAAAUUAAAAUCUUUUAAUUAAAAAUUCAGAAGAAUAAAUUCAAAUUUUCUUCCUCACUGAAUUGUGUAUCAUGUAAAAUAAUAACAAUAAUGAAACGAAUUUCACAAUGAAAAUUUGUUCCUGAUGAUAUUAAAAGUAUGAACUUUGAAAGAGAGAAAUGGAUUUAAUUAGAGUUGAAAAUAAUGGAUUAAAUUAAAGAAUUUAUUACAUUCACUAGAAAAUCAGAAAACAGAUCAAUCUUCAAAUUUUAAUUGUGUGCUAUAAUAGAGUAGUCUGAAAUGUUUGUUGGCAGUUAUUUUAUUAUACAAGGGUCCACUUCGAUUUGUUUUAUCAGUUUUAUUCUUUUACGUUAUUUUAAGAGGUAAAAAUUAGUAUUUAUCUUGUUAUUUGUACCUCAGUUAUUUUUGUAUGUGUUGUUAAACUUAGUUGAGUUUUAGGUGUUAACUGUUAUUAUAAAGAAUGUGUCUGAAGAAAA